AUGCAAGCAAAUUACCAAGCAGAGUUAGAAUGUAAGUCAUAAGCCUAAUCUAUAAGAGUUGUAAGCCAAUGCUAUUGAAUUGGCAUAUUAAACUAUUGAGGAAGGAAAAUGGGAGAAGGAAAUUGAGUAAGAUGGAGUUGUUUUCUAUUCCAAACCUGGCUCUACAGGAUGGAAGAUCACAAGAUCCGAACUUAUAGCUGAAAUAGACCCAAAAAAAGCUGUUGAUGUACUUAGAAACUAUACUAGAUUUUAAGAAUAUAACCAUACAGCUUAAGAAGUAUAUUAAUAAUCAUAUAAUUAUUAGAUUAAUCUAAUUAAGAAGAUUGAUGAUAAUAUUUCUAUUCAAUAUAUUUUAACCAAACCUAAUUAAGUUUUACAAUAAUAAAGAGAUAUAGUCACUUUAUCUAGAGCCUCAUCCUUGCCUGAUGGUACAUUUUUUGUUGUUUGUAAACUUAUAUUUUAGAUAUUUUUAGCAAAAUCCAUUGAAGUACCUGAAGCUCCCAUAAAAGAAUAAUAUGUUAGAGCAGAGAUAAUUCUAAGUUUCUUUGGAUUUAAACCUGUUGAGAAUGGAUAAACCUUAGUGACAAUGGUAUAAUCUUUUGAUCCAAAAGGAGAUGCACCAAAAGACCUUUUGAACAGUUUAGCCAAUAAAGUAGUCAAUUAUAAUAAGCUAUUUGUUGAGAAUUUGAAAAAGGCAACUAUAAAAGAGUGA